GACAGAUGAUGGUGAAACACAAGCAGGAAGCGGCUGAUCAGAGUUUCUGGGAGUUGCUGGACAGCCAUUGCAGCGUCGUGGCUCACUUAACAAAACACCAAAAAAAAAGAGGAGAGGAAGACCUGGCAGGCUCUCUUUUUUUUCUUUAAGGGACCGGGAGACCAACGUACAUGAUCAAAAGACCGACUGCGCUCUGUAAAUUAUUCUACACCUAAAAAAAAAGAAAAACGGGAUUUAACAGCUCCGGAUAUGUCAUUCAUAUUAGAUUGGAUUUAUAGCGGGGUCAAUAGCGUACUACAGAUGUUAGGACUGUACAAGAAAUCUGGCAAGUUAGUAUUUCUUGGCCUGGACAAUGCUGGCAAAACGACGCUACUGCACAUGCUCAAAGACGACAGAUUGGGACAGCACGUGCCAACUUUACAUCCAACCUCGGAAGAGCUGACGAUUGCUGGCAUGACUUUCACCACCUUCGACCUUGGAGGCCACCUGCAAGCCCGCAGAGUGUGGAAAAACUACCUCCCCGCCAUCAACGGCAUCGUCUUCCUCGUGGACUGUGCAGACCUCUCCAGAUUGGCCGAAUCGAAAGCGGAACUCGACGCACUAAUGACAGACGAGACUAUCGGCAACGUGCCCAUCCUCAUCCUGGGCAACAAGAUCGACAGACCGGAGGCUGUCAGCGAGGAAAAGCUGAGAGAAAUCUUCGGACUGUACGGACAGACGACGGGCAAGGGCACCAUCGCCAUGAAGGAGCUGAACACGAGACCCCUGGAGGUGUUCAUGUGCAGCGUGUUGAAGAGGCAGGGCUACGGCGAGGGCUUCCGCUGGCUCUCCCAGUACAUCGACUAAAGCGGCCGCGCCCCCCCCCCCCCCCCCCCCCCCUGCCCCCCGCCACGACACACCGAUGCCACCGCCAUCAGAGGGGAGGGGAGGGGGGAGAAGGGGGGGGGGGGGCGUGCGCUAAAAACCAACCACUCAAGACGCCCACCGUUGCCACCAGUACCGUCAUACUCAGCCCCAUGUUUGGUUAAAACGAGUCUGCCUCCACCGCCAGAGAAACCAGUCCAACUUGAUCCCAAUAGACUUUUAUUGGUCGAACAUUUGGUUCCGCACUUACAGAACACACACACACACACACACACACACACACACACACACACACACACUCUCUCGUUUCCAUCUGUCUUUUUUUUCUAAGAGUAACAUCACCAAAAGGUGUUGUAAUUGAAACGGAUGAAUCUUUUCUAUAUUGUGUCUGUCGUUUGCUCUCCUCCUCCUCCUCCCCCCACCCCCCCCCACCCAUCUGUUGAGUGUGAUGAUAGCUGCAUUAUAACUGUAAAUCUGUACAUGAAUUCAUUGGUAUAUCAACAUUCCCCGAUGAGAGAGCGACAUAGUAUACUUUGCAGAACACUUUUUUUUCCUUUUUUUUUUUUAAACAGUGAAGACCAUUCAACAAAUUAGUAUUUAAUCAACACGUUUUGGUUUGUCCUUUUCUUUCUUUAACGUAACAUUUCGGUAAACUCACUGCGUGGCCACGUAAACGGUGCUCACUAUAGUCGAUUAAACUUUAGCGUAUCGGACACAUGACGGCAUUUCUUUAGGGUUAAAAGAAAAAUACACGGGAGCGUAGAACGGAUCCAAGUAGGCUGUUUGGUUUUUCCUUUUGUUUAAAAAGAGGAGCGCGGGGGCGGCAGAGGGGAGAAUAUUAAUUUUAAUAGUACAUAAUGUGGGCGAAGUCGGGGUGAAGGCGUGUAGAUAGCACAUUGGUCAGUUGAUGCAAGGGAAAAAAACUAUUUAAGUGGAAAGAAAAGUUGUGGAUGAACCGCAUGAUGAGGAUGAUGGUGUGCAGAGAGAGGGAGGGAGGAAGGAACACACACACACACACACUCACACACACACAGUGAUCGUCCAGCCUGCAGAUAUAUUUUCCGGCACAGACCUUUUGUUCAGACUCCAGUGACCCAGUGUAGAUAACAGAGUCCCACAGCCUGGAACACCUCUCAGAAAGGGACCCCCCACCACACACACACACACAUAUAUAUAUGAAAUGUACAAUAACACCGUACAUGGAUUUUGUAUUUAUAACUGGUGUCCUUUGAUCUAUGUGCAUUACCAGAAACUAUUAUGCAUGCCUUGUUCUUUUUGAUUUUUAAUGAUCAUUCUUCCAGAGAGUACAACAGGAGGGAGGGGGGAGGGGGGGAAACAAAACAAAACAAAAAGAUGCCAAAUUUUUUUGGAUGAGAGCUGAUUAUCAUGUUUUUUUUUUUUGUUUUUUUUUUAACAGAAACGAUGAAACUGCAUAACACACUUUUUUCUGUCCCGUUUGUGUCCCCUUCAUUCCUUCGUGAGCCGCUCCCCCCCGGGUGGGACUCGCUGUUUGCAUCAUAAAAAAUGUAAUAAAUGUUUUCAAUGAAUAACGGGCCUUAACAUCCAUCCACCAUGCUUUCUUUUUCUUUUUUGAGAUUAGCGUCAUUUAAAAGUAUAAACCGAUCAAACUGCAUUUAAAAUACCGAGAAAGACAAAAGUUAUCAGCUGAAUGUUCUUAAACCAUUAAAAUAAAAAACAGAAAAAUGGCCCCUUUGACAUUUA